UGGCCGAGUUGAGCGCCGUGCGGACCUCGCCACUUAACCACCGUCCUUCUGGCAUGGAUGGAUUUUUAAAAUCGGAUGAGAGGCAAAGACUAGCCAAAGAGAGACGAGAAGAAAGAGAAAAAUGUCUGGCUGCCAGGGAACAGCAGAUCCUGGAGAAACAGAGAAGAGCCAAGCUCCAGUAUGAAAAGCAAAUUGAGGAGCGAUGGCGAAAACUGGAGGAACAGCGGCAGCGGGAGGACCAGAAGAGGGCUGCUGUGGAAGAGAAGAGGAAGCAGAAACUCCGGGAGGAGGAGGAGCGGCUGGAAGCAAUGAUGCGCAGGUCCCUGGAGCGCUCGCAGCAGCUGGAGCUGAAGAAGAAGUGUUCCUGGGGAGCAUCACUGCCUGCGGGGCCCGGAGGACGUGAUGGUGAAUCAGAAAAUACCCCACCCCUUCUAGGUUUAGCAGCUACCACCCUCCCUCCGGACGCAGGGACCACUUCCGCCGCUGCUGAGUCCACCAACGCAUGUGACACACUUUCAACAUCAACUAUGAAUUUGCCAAAGCAGCUGGAGCCUCCUAUGAGUAAACGCCUGUCUUCAUCUACUGUGGCAAUAUCCUAUUCCCCAGACCGAGCUCAUCACACACACCUUAGUCCCAUGGAAAGCUUUCUUGUUAUGCGACUGUUGACACCCACACAGGCUUCUUUAGCCAGAAGCAGAACUACAUUCAUUCUCUCUGAGCAGGCCAGUGACUCAGUAUUCUAUGCCUGUCUUCAUGUAGCUCCCGCUGGCCCCCUUAAAUCUUCAUUCAAGUCUUCUCCCACCCGAACCAUUGAGAGGAAGAAGACUGCACUUACAUCUGGUGUAGGAGAUGCUGGGAAAGGAGCCCCUGCAGGAGCAGAGGCCUCUCCGACAGAGAAAAUGAAGAGGGGGCAACGAGUGACAACUUUGGUUCCCACUGGGGGCCUUGGGUCCCCACUGAGAAGAUGCGAGGUUCCCGGAGGCAUUCCUAAGAGGUCAUCUUCUCCUGUGAUAUCCAGAACAACUUCAAAAACAUAUCCACAGUCUCCAAAGACUGUGAAGCCACCAUACCAAGGAUCUCCUGUGAAGUACCGCUUUCCCCCCAAUCCCAGCCAAGAGACACUCAAGAAGAAAGCAGAGAAAGAGAAGAGUAAUAAGGAAAGGGAAAAUGCUUCCGGUCUUCAGGCUGCUGGCCCACCUGGAGAGGAAAUCCCAGAGAAGCAUGUGACAGACAAGCAGGCCACAGAGAAGCAUGUGGUGGCCAAGCAGGCCACUGAGAAGAAUGAGGCAGACAAACAUGCUACUGAGAAGCAUGUGGUGGCCAAGCAGGCCACCGAGAAGCAUGAGGCAGACAAGCAGGCCACCGAGAAGCACAAGGCAGACAAACAUGCUACCGAGAAGCAUGAGGCAGACAAGCAGGCCACUGAGAAGCACAUGGUGGACAAGCACACCACAGAGAAGCAUGCUACCAUAGGAGGGAGGGCCGAGAGCAGUACAGCUUUGGGGAAGCCCACAGCAGGCACCACGGAUGCAGGAGAGGCUGCAAAGAUCCUGGCUGAAAAGAGACGACAGGCUCGGCUGCAGAAAGAACAGGAGGAACAAGAACGCCUGGAGAAAGAAGAACAGGAGAGGCGGGAGAAAGAGGAAUUGAAAAGAACGGCAGAGGAGGAAAGGCAGCACCUAGAAGCAGCAGCCCGUAAGCAAGAAGAGGAACAGAAGUGCCACGAAGAGGAAGCAAAAAGAAAGGCAGGAGAGGAGGCCAAGCAAAAGGCUGAGGAGGAGCUGUUGUUGAAAGAAAAGCAAGAAAAAGCCAUGAUUGAAAAGCAGAAAGAAGCAGCAGAAGCAAAGGCCCAGGAGGCAGCUAAACAGAUGCGUCUAGAAAGAGAACAAAUCAUGCUGCAGAUUGAGCAGGAGCGACUGGAGAGGAAGAAGAGAAUAGAUGAAAUCAUGAAGAGAACAAGGAAGAGUGAUGUGUCUCCAGAAGUGAAGAAAGAAGACCCCAAAGUGGAGAUUCAGCCUGUUGUGUAUGUGGAAAAUAAGACAAAACCAGUUGUCCCCAACAAAAUAGAACUCAAAGGAUUAAACACAUGCCAGGAAAUUAAUGGCAUGGGGUGUACUGCCCCUGAAGCUAUUCCACGAGAUGUUCUCUCUAAUGGGCUUAAACCAGUUGGGGGGCUUGUUCAUCUGAGUGCCCUUGAUGGAAAAUCAAACAGUCUGGAUGAUUCAACUGAAGAAGUUCAGUCUAUGGAUGUGAGUCCUGUUUCCAAAGAAGAGCUGAUCUCCAUCCCGGAAUUUUCACCAGUGAGUGAAAUGAUUCCCGGAGUGUCUCUGGACCAAAAUGGAACUGGUAAUGCCCGAGCGCUUCAAGAUCUCUUAGACUUCACUGGUCCUCCGACAUUCCCCAAGCAAUCCAGUGAAAAUCUCAGCCUGGAUGACUGUAACAAAAACCUUAUCGAAGGAUUUAACAGUCCGGGCCAAGAAACUACUCUGAACACCUUCUGCUGACAAAUGCAACAACCUUUUAAUGAAAGGUGGUGUUCGGAGCACCCAAGGAGCUACUGGUAGCCAAAUCCCAGCUGCCGGCUCUCUGAAGAAACUUCUGUCACCCUUAACCACUGGAUAUUAGACUGGAAUGUAACUGUAUUCCUAGGUAGUAUGUCAAACACUGGCCUCUCGGUAGAAACCUUGAAACUUUCACCUUACUGGGCUUUAGCGAAGUUUCAUUUUACGGUUCUAUUUAGGAGCUUCUGCUGCUACUAAAGUAUUGCCUGUCCUUGUCUAUUAUCACAGUGACCCUCUAAGUAACCUGAGUGACGCUGCCUUGGAAGUUCGCUUUGUGGCCGGUCUCUUUAUCCUAGAGUCGGAGAUCAUAAGCACUUAGAUGUGUCCUAUAGAUAGUCUAGGCAUUUGCUCAGCUCUAGUUAAACAUGUCCUCAGCCUGGACUGCAUAGCUCCUUUCCUUUAUUUAGAAGGAGAAGAAAUUCAGGAGCUUCUUUCUCUCUGGGAUUUCUCUCUUUAAAAUAUUAUCAGGAAGUCUUUUUAUUCAAGCUUUGCCACCUGCAAAUACAUUGACCCGCAUUAUUCCUUUGGGGUUGAUCAGUUUGAUUGAGUAAUCAAUGUGUAGUGAUUUCCAUUCCCUUAUGCAUAUUCUUAUAUCCAUGGACAACUGAAUCAUGCAAAGACCUUUCUUAUUGCUCCUUCAAAUAUCCUACUGUAGUCCCUCCAAAUGAAGGGGUCUUCCUGCUGAAUGAAUGACACUGAAUGUGUCUCAUAUGCAGGUGGUUGGUUUUGGGUCUGCUCUUAUUUUUGUAUUGGAUCUUGGGGUUUUUCUUUGCCCAAUUAUAAUAAAACCAGGCACAGAUAGAAAGCAUAGUGCUCUGAAACAAGGGGGCCCAAAAUUGGUCCCCAUAUGUCACUUUAAUAGACUGUAACAUUAAAACAGAAGAUCUGAAUGGGGAAAAAUGACACUAGAAUGUUUCCUCCACACAUUUUUAUGCCAUAUAAUGCCAUGUUUUCUCAUUUCUUCUGUUGUGGUGAAAUGUGACUUUCAGAUAAAUGGCCUCUUCCUUGAACUUUUGUUUAAACUUGUAAUAAAGGAUUUAGAGAGAAGCAUAAUUCUGAGAGAUUUGCAAGUCUCAGUAGUAAUCUCAUUCAUGUGCUUUUAAAGCAGGCUACAGUUUAAGAAUUUAUUACU